AUGAAGGAACAAACAAACCUAUAUGCUAGACAGAAGCUGGCCACACUGAGAGCACAAAACAAAUUAGGGCCCAAUUCUAGAUUCAAGCAGUGGAGGACGCUAACAAUUGCUGAAACAAAGACGUUUCUGGCUAUUAUCCUCCACAUGUCAAUCAGUGAGAAACCAAGUAUGACCAGUCACUGGUGUAGUGAUCCAGUGGUUAGCUGCAAUUUUUGCCCCAAUAUUAUGCCAAGGGACAGAUUUCUGAGUAUUUUGUCUAUGUUCCACAUAAAUGACAAUAUAAAGCAAAAAAAGAAAGGUGAAGUGGACUUUGAUGCCCUUCAUAAGGUCAGGCCUCUUCUGGAUGAUUUGGUAAGGAAUUUCAAAGAAAGUUAUCAGCCAGGUGAAGCGUUAACCAUUGAUGAAGGUAUGUGUCCUUUCAGAGGGCGUGUAGGUUUCAAAGUUUAUAUGGCUAAUAAGCCAAACAAAUAUGGCAUGAAGCUAUACAUUCUUGCAGAAUCCAAAACUGGGUACAUAUACAACUUUGAAGUUUACCACGGAAGGGACGAUAAACUGGACAACAGUGCUUCUGCAGUGGUAAAGAGAUUGCUCGGCUCACUUCAAGGUAAGGGCCACACUGUAUAUGUUGACAGAUUUUACACCAGUGUUCAGCUAGCCGAAGAACUGGCUAGAGCCAACACUGGUCUUGUAGGGACUGUAAUGCCAAACAGAAAAGGAUUGCCCAAGGCUCUCAAAGAGGGUAAACUCAAAAAGGGUGAACAAAUAUUUCGCCUCACGAAUUAUGUGCUAGCAUUGCGAUGGAAAGACAAGAGGGAUGUGUGGAUGAUAAGUACCAGGCACACAUCCUCAAUGUUGCCUGUUGCUACAAGAGAAGGCAAUGAGAAGUAG